ACAAGAAAUAAAUAUUUUGCUCUACUGCUACGAGCACCUAUUUGUGCUGGAUGAAGAAUAAUAGACAGCAUUUCAAACCACCUUCAAAUAGCAAGAUACAAAGCUCUGGAGUAAAACAAGUGUGAAAUGUCUCGGGGAACAGGAUUGGAUUUUCACAUGAACACAACUACUCGACUGACCUACUCAUUAAUAACACCAGCCAAUAUAUUAGUUACAAUUACCGUACUUGUGAGCAAUCUGUUUGGACUGGUUGUGAAUUCCCUUUACCUCUGGGUCCUCCGAUUCAGGAUGCGCAAGAGUAACAACACCACUUGGCUUUUUCAUUACAUUUUAUCCAAUUUACUUUUUACAUUCGUAAUGCCAUUCCUUGCAGUGUGUUUAAUAAUGAAUCCCCACUGGAUAAUGGGAACCUUCUUGUGUAAAUCCAUUCAUUCAUUAGAUUCGGUAUGUAUGUAUGCAUCUGUUUUCUUUCUCACAGUUAUCAGCCUUGAUCGCUUCAGCUUAGUCUUUCAUCCAGUCUGGUACAGAAGACACAUGAAGAAUCUCUUUGCAUCUGCCAUCUGUAUUAGUAUUUGGGGAUUGGCCAUUUUGUUUAGCUCCCCGUACUUAGUAUUUCGCCAGACACGUCUGCUGGAGGACAAUAAAACCACCAUUUGCUACAAUGAUUAUACACUUUCUGGAUCAAUCUGGCAAAAGUCAGCGAUACAACUGAAAUGGGUGAUGUUCAGCUUUCGGCUAAUAUUGGGCUUCCUACUGCCAUUUUCUGUAAUCACUCUUUGCUAUGUCAGAAUUGCUCUCAAGAUGAAGAAGGGAAAUCUGGCCAGAUCAAGUAAACCUUACAAGAUUAUAUUUAUAUUUGUAGCAUCUUUCUUUGUAUCCUGGUUCCCCUAUCAUUUAUGGUAUGGAAUGACCAUUGAAGAAGGCAGAUUCCACAAAACUACUCUGGAUAUACUGAUGGUCCUCAUAAUAUGUUUUAUCUGUUUCAAUUAUUGCUUUACCCCAUUACUUUACCUCUUCAUUGCAGAAAACUUUAAGAAGACAUUACGAAAGUCUGUACUGUCACUGAUUGAGUCAGCUUUAAACCCAUUUAACAGAAGUUUUGAGGACAAGUCAGAUAUGACUGCCAAUUCCUCUGUAACUAGAGAGACCCUAGCAAGGAGCAACUUUAAGGAAUAAAUGUCCAUGCAGCUUUAUUGACAGUAAUCAGCCUUGACCACUUAUUUUUCCAGUCUGGUACAGAAGACAUAUGAUCUAUCACCAUGCAUCUGCAUUUGUGUGGGGUUUGGCCAUUUUGUUUAGUUCAUUUGCCAAAAAACAAUAGAAUUAACAUUUGCUACAAUGAUACACUUUCUGGUUCUAACCAGGAAAAGUCAGCAAGAUGGGUCAUGUUCAUCUUUCAAAUUAUAUUGGACUUCUUCCUGCUAUCUGUUGUAAUCGCUCUGCUAUGCCAGAAAUGCUCUCAGGAUGAAGAAGAAAAACUUGGCCCGAGCAAGUAAACCUUACAAGAUCAUAUUUAUAUCUGUAGUAUCUUUCUUUCCAUCAUGGUUCUUCUAUCAUUUAUGGUAUGGAAUGCCAAUUGAAGAAGGCACAUUGCAUGAAACUCCAAUGGAUAUAUUGAUGGCCCUUACAAUACAGUUAUUGCUUAUUACAUUACUUUUUACUUUUCACGGCAGAAAACCUCAAGCUCAAACUUUUCUUUGAACAACUUGCCAUGCAUUAUCAUUAUUUAUUUGUUUUUGUACUAUGAUGAGCCACAUUUCCUUAUACCUCUGUCUUCCCACUCUAGUCAUUGUCCAUUCACUAUUAGGCAUGCAUUCAAGCUAACCAAUCACAAUCCUCUCUGUCUUCUUCCUAUGAAGCUACAGAACUGCUGUUAAGCUUUAGCCUCUGAUUAUGUCUCAGUGGUGUGUGUGUGGGACCCCAAGCAACUGUGUGACUUUCCUCCUCUAUAAUUGGAGGACACUUUGUGGUAAAUUUAUCAAAGAGUGAAGUUCUGCCACUAGAAUGAAAUUCCGCA